AUGAGAAUUAUUGUAGCAUGGAAGGCUGGGUGUUUUACAGUGAAUAUUGUAGCAACAUCAAGCCAAUUCUUGCAUUGUCAUAUCACUCCUGUAAGUGGUAUGCCUAGUUUUUACUACACCUUUGUUUAUGCUUUCAAUGAGAGCAACUUGAGACAGGCUUUAUGGAGUGAUCUAAGCACUUUGAAUGUUCAAGGUCCUUGGAUUAUCUUCGGGGAUUUUAACUGUGUCAUGGCAGUUAAUGAGAGAAUUGGUGCUCCUGUUAGGCAUAUGGAAAUUGUUGAUAUCAAUAAUUGUAUGCAUGGAUAUGGUAUAGAGGAUGUCAAAUGUGUGGGGAAUCUCUACACUUGGAAUAAUAAACAACAAGGGGCUGACAGAGUAUUUUCAAAGCUUAACAGAAUACUUGCCAAUGUUGAUUGGCAAGAUUGCUAUCCUUCUGCAGAAGCUUGCUUUCUUCCAGAGGGCCAGUUUGAUCAUUCUCCUAGACUUUUGAGUGUUUAUCCUAGGGUUAAUGGAGGGAGGAAGCCAUUUAAAUACUUUACAAUGUGGAAAUCAUCUCCUAGUUUUAAUGCAAUUCCCAUAAAAUGA